UGGCACAAACGUCAAUUUUGUGGUCUGUGUGACAAAAUAACCUCAAAAAACUCAUUGUUGUGUUGUCGUGAAAAUUAAAAAUAUUGUGCCUAGCCUAGCCUAGUUACUUAAAAAAAGAUAUUUUGUAUAUUUUGUUGUACAUAAUGUCUGAUGGACAAUUUAGUGAUUUAGAAGAAGAGGAUCUUCUCUGUAAGAAGAUCAAAACUGUCCGGUUUGCAGAGGUCCCAACGUACAAAGAACUCAGUAGUGAAGAAGAUGAGCUGGAUUCUGAUGACUAUUUCUAUGAUUCAGAUGAGCAAACAAACACAAAAAAAGAGAAUAUCAACGCCCAAAAUCCUACAACAAAAGUCACUUCAUUUCAACCUACAGAGAAACUCUUCAAACGUUACAUAAAUAAAAUUAAUGUGGAUAAAUAUGAACCAGCCAUAAAUGACAGAGCACAGAAAUUCAUGGAUAUAAAUGAUCGUAAAUCUGAUAAUGAACGGAUAAGAAUAAAAGACAAACAUGACAGAGCUACAGCUGAGCAAGUUAUGGAUCCCCGUACCAAAAUGAUCCUAUUCAAACUGUUGAACAGGGGAAUUAUAAAUGAAAUUAAUGGAUGCAUUUCCACAGGAAAGGAAGCUAACGUCUAUCAUGCUACAUCAAAAGAUGGAAGAGAUUUUGCUGUCAAGAUUUUUAAAACUUCAAUCUUAGUUUUUAAAGACAGAGAUAAGUAUGUUUCCGGUGAAUAUAGAUUCAGAAAUGGCUACUGCCGGUCAAACCCUCGUAAAAUGGUUAAGACAUGGGCUGAAAAGGAGAUGAGAAAUCUUGUACGACUUUAUAAUGCUCAGCUGAAUGUUCCUGAACCUAUAAUAUUACGUAGUCAUGUCCUUGUAAUGAGUUUUAUGGGAGAAAAUGGCUGGCCAUCUCCCAAGUUAAAAGAUGUUGAUAUAUCACAGUCUUCAGCUAGGUCGUUGUACAGAGACUGUAUCAUUAUGAUGUGGAAAAUGUUCAAUAUUUGUAAACUAGUUCAUGCAGAUUUGUCUGAGUUCAAUCUUCUAUACCAUGAAGGAAAUGUCGUAGUGAUAGAUGUAUCACAGUCCGUUGAGCACGACCAUCCACAUGCCUUCGAGUUUUUGAGGAAAGAUUGCACAAACAUCAGUGACUUCUUCAGAAAGAAAGGUGUAGCCACAUUGACUGUUAAGGAGUUGUUUGAUUUUAUAACUGACACAUCAAUAAAUGAAAGUAAUCUUGAAGAGUGUUUAGAGAAACUCUCAGAGAAGGCAGCGUCGAGAAAUUUUGAAGAAUUAACAGCUCAAGAACAAAUUGAGGAAGAGGCGUUCAAAAAUAUUUAUAUUCCAAAACGACUUACUGAGGUCAUCAAUUAUGAACGUGAUAUCAACAAAGCAAAGAAAGGAGAGACAGGUGAUUUGGCGUACAAGAAAAUAGCUGGCUUCAAUGAUGACUUGACAGGAACUGUAGACAAACCUGACAUUCUACAGGAGGAUGAAAUAUCUGACAGUGCAUCUGAGAGCAGUUCCAAUGAUGAAGCGGAUGAAAACAAAGGCAAGUUCAAGAACAGUGCAAGGCCUCGCGACGAAUCUCUGGAGAGUAAAAAAGCGAGAAAAAAAGCAGUCAAAGAGGAAAAGGCUGAGAGGAGAAAAACUAAAACAAAGAAACACAUAAAAAAGAGACGCGAUAAAGGUUGCGGUAAGAAAUAGUGAGAAUUAUAACUCGUUAUUUAUGCAAAUAAUACAAAGUUUAUACAAAUUUA